UAACAGCCAAACCCAACCCAACCCUCCCUCUCUUCUCGCCGCCAUCUCCUCGAAUCCUCGGCUCGUCGGCUUCGAUUCGAUCGGAGCGAGGAGGAGGAGAGCUAGGGUUUGGGAUGGGAGGAGGGUCGAGGAGGCGGUUCUAGAAGCCGGGCGUCGUCGAUGGGGGAGCAGCCGGCGAGGGGGACGUCUGCGGCGGCGGCGCCGCUGAUCCCGCCGCCGUCGGAGAUCGACAUCGAGGCCGGCGCCGGGGACCAGUUCCAGUGCCGGAUCUGCCUCGAGACCGACGGGAGGGACUUCAUCGCGCCGUGCAAGUGCAAAGGGACGUCCAAGUACGUCCACCGCGACUGCCUCGACCACUGGAGAGCCGUCAAGGAGGGAUUUGCAUUUUCUCAUUGCACCACCUGUAAGGCUCCUUAUUACUUGAGGGUUCAUGUCCACACUGACAGGAAAUGGCGAACACUGAAAUUCCGUUUCUUCGUGACUAGAGAUAUACUAUUCAUCUUUGUUCUAGUGCAGUUUGUUAUCUCUGCACUGGCAUAUUUGGUACAUUUUAUUGAUGGAUACCAGAAUUACUGGUUGAGGACGGCUUGGGGAUUUGAUAAUGAAGUUAGUUUUUAUUACAUAUGUGGGGCCUUGCUAUUUUUUGCUUUGCUUGGGUUAUCAGGAUGCUUCAUAACUUGUUAUGACCGAAGAGUACGGAAUGACCUGGCACAGCCUUGUCGAGAGUUAUGUCUUUGUUGCUGCCAACCAGGGAUGUGUGCCGAUUGCCAUCUUCCUGGUACUCUCUGCAUGUGGACGGAUUGCACUACAUGCUUUGAGGGCUGCGCGACCACAGCUGGAGAAUGUGGUGGUUGCUUGGGAGGUGCUGGAGAAGCAGGGUUACCAUUGCUCUUCAUCAUGGGAGUAAUCGUGCUUGGACUAUUUACAGUUAUUGGCAUUUUCUACAGUGUCUUGGUAGCAACCAUGGUGGGUCAGCGGAUAUGGCAGAGACAUUACCAUAUUCUUGCAAAGCGAAUGUUAACCAAGGAAUAUGUUGUAGAAGAUGUUGAUGGUGAGCGUGCAGAUUGGUGCCCGCCGCCACUCCCUUCAGAGCAUGUCCAACAGCUAAAAUCUCUGGGACUUCUAUAGCCCAUGGCAUCUACCAAUGUGACCUUAAUUUAGGACUUGCGGCACUACCCAGCUGUACAGGAGGUGAUACAAAUUAAGCGAUCAAGCAGUCGUUUCUAUUUUUGGCAGCCAAAUGUGCGACGAUAUCGUUUGCCUUUUUUUUUUUUGUACAUUGUAACAAGGAAAUACCUAUCUGAAAAAUGACAACUUUUGAGUUUUAUA